AUGGACUGCGGCAGCAGCGGCUCUGGGAGCAUCCAGACCGGCGCCAGCCCGGAGCCCGACCCUCCGCUCCCCACCACAGUCACUUCCAGGGACGCUGGCAGUUCUCCGGCCACGCCUGGGCCGGGGCCCCGGGCAGGGAGUGGGAGACCAGCGGCUGCAAAUGCUGCCCGGGAGCGCAGCCGGGUGCAGACUUUGCGGCACGCCUUCCUGGAGCUUCAGAGGACCCUGCCCUCGGUGCCUCCAGACACCAAGCUCUCCAAGCUCGAUGUGCUCCUCCUGGCCACCACCUACAUCGCCCACCUCACCCGCAGCCUUCAGGACGAGGAGGACGCGCCCUCAGACGCGGGGCUGGGCGCUCUGCGCGGCGAUGGCUACCUGCACCCGGUCAAGAAAUGGCCCAUGCGAUCAAGAUUGUACAUUGGUGCCACAGGCCAGUUUCUGAGUCAUUCUAUGUUAGAAGAAAAAUCCAACCCCGGAGAUGCUUCAGCAGACUCACAACCGUAGGCUCCUUCCUGCUCUGUAAUGUAGCAAGAAACUUAUAUUUAUUAGAAAUAUGUACCCAAUC